UCCCUGUAACCAUGAAGCUGACACUUGGGCACAGCCUUUCCUGCAUCUCAACCUUAUUUACCUCACAGGGUGUUUGUGUAAUACUAUAAGGAUAAUGAGUUCCAUUCCUUUGCCCUUCUUCUGUGGAGCAAAGGGGCAAACUGUAAAUGUAUGAGACUCUUGAUUAAACACUCUUUUAUGGCUUCCAGAUAACCUAGAAAGAGACUUGUUUGGAAAUGAAGGAAUGAUACAGAAUUACUCACCUACACAGUGACAAGAAGUUGUUAAAUAUUUUGACAGACCUACACUUUAGGAAGCCUAGUAAUUGUUGAGUGUUGUAUGUGAGGAUUUGUUUUCUAAUUCUUUCUCUUUUUUCUUUUUUUUCAGCGGACCCCUUUGAAAUGAUGCUGAAGUCCUUGUUGAGAUACCAGUCUGGUCUAGGUGGAGAUGUGGGAGAGAGCUGCUUGAGGAAGAAACUAUAUGAAAAUGGAGUAACCAAAUCGCUGCAGAGUAACUUCCCUGUCAUCCAAAAGCUGUCAGAGGAAUUGCUAGCAAAAUGGCUGUCUUUCCCAGAAUCUCAGCAUGUGCCCCUCAGUCAACACAUGCUAGGAUUUUCAAUGAAAGCUGUGACACAGGCCGCCAUGGGCAGCAGGUUUGAAGAUGACCAAGAAGUAAUCCGAUUCCGUAAGAACCAUGAUGCGAUAUGGGCUGAAAUUGGAAAGGGCUUCUUGGAUGGGUCACUUGACAAAAGUAUGACCAGAAAAAAGAUGUAUGAAGAUGCUCUGAUGGAAAUGGAGUUGGUCUUGAAGAAAGUCAUAAAAGAGCGACAGGGGAAGAGCUUAAAUCGGUACAUCUUCAUAGAUGCGCUACUGCAGGGGAAGCUGAGUGACAAGCAGAACAGAAGAUGGACAGAAACUGUCAGAUUUCAGAUUUUGGAAGACACAAUGAUAUUCUCCUUGGCGGGGUCCAUAAUCACUGCUACAUUGUGCACCUGGGCAGUCUAUUUCUUGACUACCUCAACAGAAGUUCAGCAAAAGCUUUAUAAGGAAAUGGAUCAAGUUCUUGGAAAAGGCCCAGUAACACACGCAAAAAUUGAACAACUCAGAUACUGCCGGCAGGUUCUCUGCGAGACCGUGAGGACAGCAAAGCUGACGCCAAUUGCUGCAAGGCUUCAAGAGCUGGAGGGCAGAGUUGACCAACAUAUUAUUCCCAAGGAGACUCUUGUGCUCUAUGCUCUUGGCGUGGUGUUGCAGGACAGCUCAGCUUGGCCAUUGCCUUACAAGUUUGAUCCAGACAGGUUCAGUGAUGAAUCUGCAAUGAAAAACAUCUCCCUCUUGGGUUUUUCAGGAAGCCAGGAAUGCCCUGAACUGAGGUUUGCCUAUACGGUAACUACAGUCCUGCUGAGUGUAAUUGUAAGGAAACUCCAUCUGCACCCUGUGGAAGGUCAAGUCAUGGACACCAAGUAUGAGCUUGUUACAUCACCAAAAGAAGAAGCAUGGAUAACCAUUUCCAAGAGAAACUGAGAAGAGGAAUAAAAUUGUGUUUUGGCAUUUAACACCACUUUAUCACCAAUCAGUGUUUUGAUGUAAUGCUGUCUAGACAUUCUCAGUCUAAAAUGCUUCCUCUUUUUCUUAACUAAAUUUGCCCUACCACAACAAAA